AUGGAAUUGUUCGAUACUUUAAAGAAUAUUAACCCCGAAGUUAUUAAGAAAUUAGUACCCAUAUGUGGAGAUCUAGCUAAACCCAAACUUGGUUUAACCGAAGAAGACACCCAAACUCUUAUUGAAAACGUGGACAUCAUCUACCAUGGAGCCGCUUCAGUAAGAUUCGAUGAUCACCUGAGAGAUGCAGUACUACUAAAUACAAGAGCUACUAAAGAAGUAGUAGACAUAGCUUUGCAAGCAAAGAAGUUAAUAACGUUUGUGCAUAUAUCUACUUCAUAUUGUAAUUGCGAUAGAUUCGAAGUAGAGGAAAAAAUAUAUCCAGCACAUGCCGAUUGGAAAAGUACUAUAACAUUGGCGGAACAAGUUGAUCAACACACUUUAAGUAUUCUGUCAUCGAAGUAUAUUUAUCCUUUACCAAAUACUUACACAUUUGCAAAAUCUUUAUCUGAACAUGUUGUUAAUGAUUUGUGCAAAGGCAAACUACUUGCAACAAUUGUAAGGCCUUCAAUUGUUGUUGCGUCUUUAGACGAACCAAUCCGUGGCUGGGUUGAAAACUUCAAUGGCCCAAUGGGUCUGCUCUGUGGUGGAGGAAAAGGUGUAUUACAAAUAUGUUAUAUAGAAGAUAAAUCCACUUUUGAUUGGAUUCCAGUGGACAUUUUAACAAAGUUGUUAAUUCUGAUUACCUACGAAAAGGCAUUAUCUAAUGACAUAGAUGAAAUUCCAGUCUACAACGCUGCUGCUGGUGAGAAGACAAUCAUGACCUACAAAGAAUUAGUGGAUUAUGGCCGAAUGACAAUAUGGGACGCACCAUAUACAAAUUUAUUUUGGUAUCCUUCAUGUUCAGUGGCAAAUAACUUAUACAAGUUUUAUGUAUACUUCUUUUUACACAAUAUGAUACCUGCAUUACUUGUUGGUGGUUUACUAAAGGCUUUUGGAAAGGAAACGCUGUAA